GUAAACAAACCAUUACUUGACGAUUGCAUAACUCAUACACACUAUAAGACUGACAGCGAAGAUAUGGCCGAAGAUAUGGCGGCGAAGAGUGAGACAAUGGAUGCGAACGUGGAGUUAGAGUGGAUUGAAUUGCGAGAGAAGAUGCAUAACGACAAUCUCAAACACGACUACAACUUCAUGACCAAAAUGGUCAGCAAAGUCAAAGAGAAUCCAUUGGUUCCCAUCGGUAUGAUUGGCACCACUUUUUGUCUCACUUAUGGUCUGAUUUGUAUGAGAAGAGGCGACUCUCGGAAGCAACAGCUGAUGAUGAGGGGUAGGAUCGCUGCCCAAGGCUUCACUAUAAUGGCUCUCAUCUCUGGUAUUAUGUACUCUUUGGUCGAUAGAGUCAGACAAUCGUAAAAUGUGUUGAAUAUGUUUAUGACAUUUAUUGUAAUUAUAAGCCAAAAGUGAUUAGUUUUCUGUUAUUUAGCACUUAUUGUAAUUUAAUUUUAACCCAAAUUUAUAAUUGAUAAUCUGUUGUAAGAUUUAUUUUUGAAAAUAUUAGAAAUUAAAGUUUUAAUUAAUUAAUAUAAA